AUGCCGCGCCGUUUAAGUGAUGUUUGGCAACAUUAUAAACUGAUAAACGAGGAAGGUGGAAGAAUACAUUCCUCCUGUCGAUAUUGUAACAAGGAGUUUCAAUCUAGCAACUCGACGAGAUUGACUGUUCAUAUGGUGCAGUGUGAAGUGUGUCCGGAGAAUAUUAAAACAUUUUUUCGCGAACAGCUCCCUAAGGACGUCGCUGCAAAGAUAUUAAGUCCUAAAUAUAAACAUUUUGUGCAUAGGAAGGGAGUGAGGGACGAAAUAAAACACCGUUUUAUGAUCUGGAAGCAUUUUCAAAGCAUUGGAGCUGGCGAAAGGAAGCAGGCAUUGUGCAUUUAUUGUAACAUCGAGUUAAGUAAAAACAGUAUUUGUCAAUUACUAAAUCAUAUAAGAAACUGUGAAGCGUGCCCCGUGGAUGUUAAAAAUGAGUAUAAAGGGGAAGAGUUUGAACGUUACCUGCCCAACAAUACUUACGACCCUCGACUGUCGAUUAAAAGAUCGAAAGUUCGGCCAAAAGUUUGGAACCACUUCAGUUUAUUAGACAAACAAGGAAAUAAAAAGCAUGUGACGUGCAACUACUGCUCCGUCGAGUAUACUCACUCGAAUGCCACUAGAUUAGUUGUUCACCUGUGCCGCUGCCCGCACUGCCCUGAUGAAGUAAAGCAAAAAUUUUUGGUUUCCCUGAAGUCUAACGGGAAGCCAGAUGCGCCUCUGCCUCCAAAGAAGUUUUCCAACAUUCCAACCUUGAGCCCGGCCACGAGCCGUAAAAGUAAAACUGGCAAGCCACCCAGCGAUGUCUGGCAAUACUUUUCAAUAAUAAGCGAAGUGGGAUAUAAAAAACACGGAUCAUGUAAAUUCUGUAAAAAGGAAUACCGUCAUAGUAAUGCGACGCGGUUACUGAAACACAUUAUUGUGGAAUGUGAGCAAUGCCCCGACGAAGUGAAGCAGAAAUAUAUAACAGAAGAAUUUGUUUCUAAUGACAGAGACGAAGAAGGUAUGCCACAAUCGCCAGAAGCCCCACCGAAACCGAGUGCAGCGAUGUCGAGUUUUGUGAAAAUCGAAAAUAACUUUGAUAACGAUGAAACUGGCUUCGAUCCUCUCGAGGUACCAGUCACAAACUUGGAUUCUGGUCCCAUGAAUAUAAAAGUAGAACCAGAUAUAUACCCAGAUAUCGGAAUAGACACCGAUAUCGUAGAUAAAGCCUUAGCGAGGGCGGCGUUAUACAGUGGGCUACCGUAUAAUAUAUUCGAGUCGAAACAUUGGAAAAAUGCUUUUAAUAUCUUACGACCCAAAUACAGACCACCAUCGGCAUACGAAAUUGAGCAUAGAUUUUUAGAUGAAGAGAGAUUGAAAAUAAACCUGGACAUGGAGAAGGAUAUUAGUUGUACAGAUACAAUAACUCUAUCUUAUGACACGUCAGAGACAGAAAUAGGUACUUUGGUUCACUUUAUUGUUAUGACUCCAAAACCAUGGUGCUAUCAAAUAGUUUAUAAAAAGGUACAAGGCACGGAAAGAAGUUCGUUCAUUUGCGAAGAACUGAGCAAAGUUAUUACCAAUAUCGGAUUUCGUAAAUUAGUUAUUUUGAUGUCAAGAGAAAAAAAUAACACAAAUAUUGAAGUAAUUCGUAGUAAAAUACCAAACACAAUUGCGAUACAAUGCUUGUAUGAGCAACUCGUAAACUUUUUUGAAGAUGUAGAGAGAGAGAUGAUUUCAUCCAGUUACGAUAUUAAAGUAAUAGUUAAUUACCUAAAAACUGAUAUAUUAAAUAGACUAGAGGACCCUAAAGACGAAAUCUACAGAAGAAUAAUAAACACAUUACAGCCGGUAGAUCCGAAAGAUUGGGAAAACUAUCUCAAAUAUUUUAAAUACUUUUUUGAUUGUAAGGAAUAUAUAAUGUCUCUUGCAGCAAGAUUCAAGAGCGAACUUGUUAUCAAUAACGAUAAGUUUUGGGAACUGGGCGAAAGAGACAUUUCAAUAAUAACACCAAUCUUUGAAGCUUUGGUGAGAUCACAAUCUAUUAAGGGACUGAUAUCGGAUGUGCCUGCUAUUCUUUAUAAAUUGCAUACAGAAUUAGAGAAAGAACUGUCAAGGUUUUCACAAGACGAUCAUUUAAUUCUUAGGUAUCUUGACAGACUUAAGAAAUCUUGCAUUACGCCUAUUCAUUUGGCAGCUAAUCUCUUAGAUCCACGGUAUAUUGGUUCUACCCUGACGCAUGAGGAAACAUCAGAAGCUAUGUCUUUCAUUUCAAAGUAUGCAAUAGCCAACUCAGAUGAUCCUGGACUUGUUAUGAUGAACUUGGCCGAAUUUAAAACUAAGACAGGCUAUUUUGGUAAAGUCGAGGCAAUCUGGAAUAGCGUACAAAUGCUGGAACCGCAAAUAUGGUGGAAAAGCUUUUGUGCUCAUCUAAACUUAAUGCCGAUUGCUGUACGAUUAUUGAACGUGCCAUGUUCAAGGCCCGAUUAUGAAACGAAGUUGAAAGAAGGGAAUCUAGAAUGGAAUACUCAACAAGAUAAGGACCGUAUGAUAAACCUCGAAGUAAUGCGUCUUAAUAUUUUCCUUCAGAAUAGAUUUCACGGAGAUACUGAAUAG